AUGGCUUCACAUUCAGAAGUUCCUUUCGACCUUAAAGACGGCAUCACUCAGGCACUGAAACCUCAGAGAGUUCACUUCAUGCGUGUGGUUCAGCUGACCCAGUGUCGGGGAAGGGCAGAGAGCAGAGUUCUGGUCAUGACAGAAUGGAGAGCCCAUGUGUUUUUCAGCAGGCAGCCAGUGAAGGUUGAGAGCUCCUUCAGCUAUUUAGAGAUCUAUGCCCUGGUCAUAGAGAGCUUGGAAGAGGUGAUUGUAGAGACGGACAGACAGACUUACUCUCUCGGUCUGAUGUCUGUGGAUGACCUGGAGGCUGUGGUCAGCCAUAUCACGGCUUCACUCAAAAAGAUUUUUCCGGACUCAUCCCCGGGAAAACUGCUGAAAAAAAUACCUCCUGAUCUCCAGGAGAGACUGUGUAGCUCGACGUCCAGAGUGGAGGAGCAUCUGAGUGGAACACAGGGACCAUGCGGCGGCUUCUCAGAGACAUACGCAGCUUUGUGUGACUUCAACGAGUUUCCUUGUCGAGAGGAAGUCCAGUGGGAUGUGGAUAAUAUUUACCAUGUUCAGAACUGCAGAGAAUUCAACCUGCUGGACUUCAGCCACCUGGAGAGCAGAGACCUAGCCUUAGCAGUAGCUGCACUGUCAUUCAAUCAGUGGUUCACCAAGAUCUCCAGUAAGGACUUCAAGCUGACUUUAGACGUCCAAGAGCAAGUCCUCUACAUGAUCAGCAGAUCCUCAGCGCUGGAGGAGAUUUGUCUGGAGGGAGGUGGUCUCAAACUAGAUUUUGCAGUGAAAAUGGCCUGCGCUUUACGAGACCACAGUUCACCUGCUCUCCACAUCAUCAACCUCUCAUCCAAUCAGAUCGAAGAUAAAGGUAUGAUAGCUCUCAGUCAACAGAUGGACAAAAUGUCCUAUGGUAUGAGCCGGCUGUUUCUCUCAAGGAUUUCUCUGUCUGCUAAAGGGUUGGGCAGUCUGGCUCAGACACUCUCCCAGAACAAGUCUUUCUCUAACUCGCUGACUCACCUGGACCUGUCUGGAAACACGGGCUGUCUGGCCACAGAGGAGGCAGUGCAUCUUUUUAAGUUCUUGUCUGGUCCGAAUAUGCUGUCCCACCUGGAUCUGAGCAGCACAGAUUGUCCUCUGGAUGCUCUUUUUGUAUCACUUUCUGUUGGGUGUUGCCCUAAACUCUCCUACCUCAACCUCUCCAGAAAUGCCUUUUCUCACAGGAAGGGGAAAGAGGUGACACGCAGUGUGAGAGAUUUCUUUAGUCUGAGCACUGAGUUGAAGUAUGCUGGGUUGGCAGGGACCAGACUUCCUCCUGAGGCCCUCAGAUUGUUGCUACAGGGUCUGGCUACCAACACUCGUUUACAUGAUCUUGAGCUAGAUCUCAGCGGAUGUGAGCUCAGGUCUGCUGGGGCCCAGGUGCUUCAGGAACACAUCUUUGAGGCCAAAGCCAUCAGCAGACUGGACCUGUCUGACAACGGUUUUGAGAGUGACAUGGUUACUCUGGUCCUGGCCAUUGGCCGCAGUCACACCAUUAGGCACCUCGCCCUUGGCCGCAACUUUGCCAUGAAGUCCAGAGCUCUCACCGAUGUCCUACACCGUAUCGUCCAGCUUAUUCAGGAGGAAGAGUGUCCGUUGGAGUCUCUCUCUGUGAGUGACUCCAAGCUGAAGACGGGCACAACCAUCCUAAUCAACAGCCUGGGCAGUAACGCCAACCUCUCUAAGAUCGACAUCAGUGGGAACUGCAUCGGAGACACAGGGGCCAAAAUGCUCGCCAAGGCCCUGAUGAUCAAUACCAAGCUCAAAACCCUGGUGUGGGACAGGAACAAUGUGACUGCCAGAGGUUUUCUGGAUGUGGCCAAUGCUUUGGAGAAGAACUCUACUCUGCAGGACAUGUGUCUUCCGCUGAGUGACAUGUCACAGGCGUACCGCAGUAACCCUGACAAGACUGAGGAGGCCUUUCAGAGGAUUCAGGCCUGUCUCCUCAGGAAUAGUCAGAGGGAGUCUGGGGCUGUAGAUCACAUGCAGAAUUUACAGAAUGGACUUAAAGCCACACGCUCUGAGAAGCUUGUGCAGGGUCUGUGUCUGAAGCUACAGGAGACUGUUCGUCCUCUCACUUGCUACAAUAUACAAGAAGUGCAGUGUGACAUUCUGUCUGCAGAGGAAGCUCUGCACCAUGCCAAGACAUCCAUCAGACUGCUGCCUGAGCUGUAUGGACUGGGAAGACUGCCCUCUGGUGGUAAAAUGGUGCAGCACAUUCUGGAUGACACUGCCCAGGCUGUUACCAAUGAGAUUACUGAGGAGAUCCAGGACCUAGCCCAGACAUUGCUGCAGUCUGCGCAGAAGGUUUGCCCUAGGGUUGUGCAGAGGUCAAGUGUCAAUGAGCAACUUGCAAACUGCGUGGCGAAGACAUCCCGCCAAGCCGCCCACUUUAUCCAGCGUACAAUCCAGCAGUCAGAGAGAAACAUCAGAGACAAGCUCAGUGAACUGAAACUGUCCGUCAGCAUCUCUUUGGUAGAAAACAUCAUUGAUGAAGUUCUCCAAGAUUUGUCCGUGGCUCAACAAAAACUAGAUCGGCACAUGAAAGAGUACGUCCAGGCCUCUCCCUCCUCCUCUUCCUCGACGAAGAGCAACAUUCCUCAGCUACGAGUGGUGGAGCACGAGUUCCCUACAGAUGAGUAUGUUCCUGUCAACUGGAGGAACAGUUUCCGCACGAAGAGUAUACGACCAGCGCCUUCAGUCAAAAGUCUCCUGGACGUGGCGGACACUGAGCAGCAGUGGAGAGAGAGCACGCAUUCUCAGCAGGAGGGGGAUAGAGGAGGGGUAGGGGGAGGGGGAGAGCUCCUCUCAAGGGGGGUGGGGGAGAGGGGGCGGGCAUUGUCAUCGUCGUCGUUGACAACAACGCUGCUGUCAGUCACUACGGCCAGCCAGCUGAAACCCGGAGGCUCCUCCUAUUUGGGGAGGGAGGCGGAUGCAGGCGCUGCUCCUCUUGCUCCUCCUGCUGCUCCUGCUGCUGCUGCUGCUGCUGCUCUUAGCAACAGUGAGCCCCGGCGCCCAGAGCCUGCACCUCCUCGACCCCCUAUGGACCUGCCCAUCGAAGGCCACACACUCAGGCACUACACCCGCUCCAGACCCAAACCCCACCGUCGACACAAACAGCCCCCGAGCAAGCCUCAGGAGCAGGCAGCUGAGAGCGAGAAUGAAGCCAAUGAGAACAUGGGCAGGGUGGACGAGGGGGUAGAGGAGUUCUUCACCAAGAAGAUCAUUCCUGAUGACCCCCUAAAGCACCAGAGAGAGGAACCCCUCAUUAAAGCACAACCUGCAGAACCCACGUGUGUCACAUCCACCCCUCCCACCACAUCUACCACAACUGUUCCCCCUGCAACUGCCCCUUCCCGAAAUAUUAAGAAGAAGUUUGGUGACUUCUUCGCCUUUAAAAAGGUGCGUGCUGGCCGAGGGCCAAAAGGUGAAGGUGCCCCAGAGGGCAAGGUAAAAAAGACUUCUAUAGCAGAUCUCAUCCGGCCACUGAGGGAGGCAGCACGGGCAGAGAAAGAAAGAGAGAAAGAGAGGGAAAGGGAGAGAGAGAGGGAGCGUGAGAAGGAGAAAGAGAGAGAGAGGGAGAAAGAGAAAUUAGAGGAGGAGAAUGUCGCUAAAAUGGUCACAACUACAACCCCCACCAUCACAGAAACAACCACCACCCAAGCCGUGACAAUAGUAACAGUUGAAGACAAAAUAGCUCCCAGAAUUCCCUCACCCACACCUACACCAACUCCCUCCGCUGCCCCUGCCUCCACCCCAACCCCGCCUGCAUCCUCGCCCACCAUAACUGAAGAGGCCCCAGAAUUGACCCCUGGUGCACCCACCCCUACCCCCACACCUGUCCUAGCCCCCACAGUGUCCCCCUCAGAACGGGAGAAGAGCCGGACCUUGGAGAAAAGCCGCACGCCAGAUGGAGAGAGGAGGCCAAAGCCCACACGCCGUUCCCUCAGAGAGGGCAAAUCACAGUCCCUCAUCCUGCUGACAGGCCUGGAACCAGAGGAGGGUGGUGCCACCACACAUGCUAAGAAACAUGUGUCUGAGAGCUCCACCAGCUUUGAGCAACGACUCCAUGUGAUGUUGCACCGCAUGGGGGUCACUAAAACACCUCCCUCUGACUCCCAAAAGAGCCAGAAUAAGGAUGAGGAGCUGAGGAAGGCCAACUCAGAAGGUGCAAUACUGGACAGCAAACCUGAACCACCCCCCACCUUCAUGAAACCUCGCACCAUGUCCACCUCAUCAGACAUGAGGCGACCAGUGCGAACAGGUUUGACCGGCCCAGAGGUGCUCCGAGCCGAAAAACCAGCACUUCCAGAGCGCCCGGGCCCACUACCCCCUAAACCUGCCGUCAAACCCAUUCUACUCCCACCCACCGACAGCCCUGCAGCCCCCAGGACAACAACACCAACCCCUAAAAAGCCAAGCCCUUCCCAGGAGGCCCCGCCAAUGGUCCCAGAGAGUGGAGCGCCUCCACAGCCCCAACAGAAGGAAGCCCCAACCCCUUCGCCCCGAAAAGAGACCCCGCCCGCCCCAUCACCACGCAGGGGAAUUAGCACAGACGCCAGGGAGCGCUCGGAGAGAGCACAAUCAGUCACUGAAGAGACCCUCCCAAAACCACGGCCCAGGAUGAAACCCUCCCCUCAGCGUCGCGCUGUCUCCGUCCAUGAGGAGUCCCUACUCCAGCACGCUGCUCUGCUCCAUCCUGAGGAGCUGAAGGCUGUGUUACCACGGAUACAGAGGUCCCCUGUGCGGAAGAAGGCGAACCUGGGGGAACUGCCAUCCUGCUCGGAGGACUUACCCGAGGCAGAAGGAGCUAAGAGAGAUGAGGAGAAGAAAAGCAGUGGACAAGCCGAUGGGUUGGACAGCACUAUAGUCAACGAGAGCCAAUCAGGGCACAGCCCAGCAGGGCCCAGCUCUGAGGAAGAGACCAGCAAGGAAGGGGGGGAAACAGUCUCAGAGCAGCACACAGCGCAGGGAGAAACAUCACACCAAAGAACUGAACCCCCCUUACCUGAGACAAACGUGGACUGACCCCUGCGCAAAAUCUAUUUUCUAUCAUGUCUAACUUUGCCUUGCACGCCAGAUUAUGUACAAAAGAAUGACUUAUGAACAA